AUGGCAACCAUAACGAGUCUUUUAGCUGUUCUGCUAACAGUGGUUGUUGCGAAUGCACAGGGAACACCUACUUGGAGCACACAGUCAACGCAGUUCACCGUUCCAGCUUCUGCCAAUGAGGGAAUGCUGUUGUUGCCGAAUGUCCUUGACCCUCAGGCUGUGGAUGCGCAAACUGUCUGUCCCGGCUACAAAGCCUCCGACGUGAAGGAUACGGAACUGGGCUUUACGGCGACGCUGAGAUUGGCGGCAGAGCCGUGUAAUCUUUAUGGGACCGAUAUCGAAGUCUUGAGUCUUGCAGUCGAAUGUCAGUCCGCUGACAGGAUCUCGGUGAACAUCCAACCAGCAUACAUUGUUGAUUCAAAUGCCUCGCACUACAUCCUUCCCGAUCAUUUGGUGACAAGACCAACUGCAGAUCCGGACGCAAAGAUGUCGUGCAAAUCCAAUGACCUUGAGCUGACUUGGAGCAAUGACCCGUCGUUCUCCUUUACUAUCAUGCGAAAAUCCACGGGUGACGCCGUCUUUGAUACCAGGGGUAAGGUCUUGGUGUACGAGAACCAAUUCAUUGAGUUCGUCACGUCGCUGCCAGAGAAUUACAAUUUAUAUGGGCUUGGAGAGCGUAUCCACGAGUUGCGUCUGGGAAACAACUUCACUGCUACCAUGUAUUCUGCGGACUCUGGGGAUCCUGUGGAUUACAAUAUCUACGGCCAACAUCCGUUCUACCUGGAUACACGGUACUACUCGGAUGAUGGGCACAACAAGAAACUCCUGCAAACAGCACCUGAGGACGACGCAGUCAAGUAUGACACGUACUCACAUGGCGUCUACCUUCGAAAUGCCCAUGGCCAGGAGGUGCUCCUCCGCGCCUCAAAUCUGACAUGGAGAACCCUGGGAGGGUCUAUCAAUCUUUACUUUUACUCAGGCCCUUCUCAGCCAGAAGUCACAAAGCAAUACCAGCUGAGCACCACGGGACUACCAGCGAUGCAACAAUAUUUCUCGUUUGGUUACCACCAGUGUCGAUGGGGCUAUACGAGCUGGACACAGCUUCAAGAAGUUGUGGAUAACUUCCGUCGCUUCGAUAUCCCCCUGGAAACAGUCUGGCUCGAUAUUGACUACAUGAAUCAGUACCGGGAUUUUACGAAUGACGAGAACGCCUUUCCUCUGGUAGAAGGACAAGAAUUCCUGAAGAAACUGCAUGAUGGUCACCAGCACUGGGUCCCCAUUGUAGAUGCGGCGAUCUACAUUCCAAACCCGGAGAACGAAAAUGAUGCGUACAAUACCUACAGUCGCGGUCAUGAGAACCAACUCUUCUUGCUGAAUCCAGAUGGCUCCGAGUACGUCGGAUCUGUAUGGCCGGGGUAUACAGUGUUUCCAGACUGGCUUGCCCCUAAUGCAGUGGACUGGUGGGUUAAGGAAGUCGCGGACUGGUACAAGGAGUUGCAAUUCGAUGGGUUGUGGAUCGACAUGAACGAACCCUCGUCGUUCUGUGUCGGGUCUUGUGGCUCAGGAAAUAUGACGCUGAAUCCUGUCCAUCCUUCGUUUCAAUUACCCGGAGAGCCAAGAAAUGUCGACUAUGAUUUUCCAGAAGGCUUCGAGAUCACGAAUGCUACGGAAGCAGCCUCAGCAUCCGCGGCAUCAUCCUCUCAAGCUGCCACAACUUCGUCGACGAGCAACACGACGUCGACUUCUUAUCUUCGAACCACGCCAAUACCAGGAGUACGAGAUAUCAAUUAUCCCCCGUACGUGAUCAAUCAUGUAAAUGGAGAUCUCGCAGUUCAUGGAGUUAGCCCAAAUGCAACUCACAACGAUGGUGUGCAUGAGUAUGACGUACACGGCAUAUACGGGCAUCAAAUCCUCAAUGCUACGUAUCAGGCGCUUCUGAAGGUGCUUCCAGGGAAACGACCGUUCAUCAUCGGUCGCUCCACGUUUGCUGGAAGUGGCAAAUGGGCAGGUCAUUGGGGCGGCGACAAUUAUUCUAAAUUCUACUAUAUGUAUGCCUCCAUCCCGCAAGCCCUAACCUUCUCCCUAUUCGGCAUUCCCAUGUUCGGCGUCGACACCUGCGGCUUCUCCGGAAACGCCGACCUUGAGCUCUGCUCCCGCUGGAUGCAACUCUCCGCCUUCUUCCCGUUCUACCGCAACCACAACAUUCUGUCAGCCGCCCCGCAAGAGCCCUACGUCUGGGCUGCAGUUGCGGAGGCGUCCAGAGUUGCCAUGAAAAUUCGCUACGCUCUCUUGCCUCACCUGUACACCCUGUUCCAUAAGGCUCACACGACGGGGUCGACAGUGAUGCGGGCGUUAUCAUGGGAGUUCCCAGGGUAUCCAGCAUUAGCAAUCGCAGAUCGGCAGUUCCUGCUAGGCCCCGCGAUCUUGAUAACGCCUGUGUUGGAAGCUGGGGCGAAGGAGGUGAUGGGCGUGUUCCCCGGGACAGGAGACGGGGAGGUCUGGUAUGACUGGUACAACCAGACCGCCAUCAGCGUCGCUCCUGGAGCGAAUGUCUCAAUUGCGGCACCAUUGGGACACAUUCCGGUGUAUGUUAGGGGCGGACACGUCUUGCCGCUGCAGGAGCCAGGAUACACGACGUAUGAGUGCCGAAGGAAUCCUUGGGCGCUGCUGGUGGCGUUGGGAAGCGAUGGCUUCGCGAAUGGAGAGCUGUAUAUCGACGAUGGGGAGAGUUUGGAGCCGGAGAGCAGCUUGAUGGUAACAUUUGACGCUCGAGGGUCCAGGCUUCAGGUGCGUUCACACGGGCAAUUUGUGGAUGGGAAUCCUCUUGCGAAUGUGACGAUCAUGGGAGUUUCCCAAGCACCACGAGAAGUGAAGCGGAACGGAAAGGCGUUAGACAAAUUGUGGGAGUUCGACUCUCGUGGCCAUAUCUUGAAAGUCACUGGGUUACAGGAGCUGACAAAAGGAGGCGCAUGGAGUGACGAUUGGGAGUUGGUGUGGUCUUGA